AUGCAUUUCCUUGCUUGCUCAGUAGCCCUUUCACUUUUGCUAUCGUCGGCAUUGGCCGGACCAAUUCAACGACCAGAUAAUGUAAUUCGUCAUUCAAACCAACCUCUUAAGCGUUAUGUCGUCAACGGUCUUUCAUUAUCGCCCAGAUCGCCGUGGAGGCGCCAAGCUCCAACAGACCCUGCAAAUGCGGCGGCCGCAACCGAGACGGCCUCAACACCAAACGCAUCAGUGACUCCAACUGGGAGCGGUACGGAGAAUGGAGCAGUCCCUGCCGUGGGCGUUGGAGGCACAGAUAAUCGAAGUUUACUAAGUCUGUUAACCCAGACAACCAUCGAGCCAGCGACACAAGUUGCCACACAGGCAGUGGUCCCUAUCGAGACGCAGACAGCGAGUUCUCCAGGCAACACUGCCGCUUCACAGGCAGCAAACGGAACAGACGAUAGCACCGGACAAGCCGCGGGGACGGAACCGUCUACUUCUACUUCAAACAGCACAGGGCCUGCUCAGACUGGAAGUGGCACAGAGAACGGAGCAGUCCCAGCCGUGGGUGUCGGAGGAGAUAACACCAGCUUAUUGAGCAUUCUAACCCAGACCAGCAUCCAACCAGCCACUCAGACAGCUGCAGUACCAGUGCCAGAGACAAUCGCUUCCACAGCAGAGAGCUCUCCAGCAGCGCAGACCGCCUCAGCUGAGCAGAAUGCAAACACCAUAUCCCAAGGCCCGGGCACGGGAACAGCAAUCCAGCGAAACACAGCACAAGCCGGAACACAAGGCCAGCCAGCCUCGACGACCACCGUGCAAGCUCAGGUAACCGUCCUUGCGACCUCUGUCGUCACAGCCGAAGUCACCGCCACAGCUCCAGCUUCAGCAUCGUCGUCUCCGCCUGCACCCUCUCCAGAUACGGGAGCCCAAGAACCUGACUCAACACCGGGCACCCAAUCCAUCACGGUCGUCUUCGUCACCGUAAGUCCCACCUUCGCCGGCCCGAUCGGUGGGUACUCGACCUUGACUCCCGACGCAAACGGCAGCGUUGCGCCCACUGAGGCUCAAUCGGCGCCUGCAUCCCAGUCCACGUCCACGUCCACGUCUGUAUCCCAGCAAACCCCUCCACCAACCCCCUCGACUUCCACAACACAAGUAAAUGUAAGCACCAUCCCGCUGGGACUAGCCAGCAUACCGAACACGCCCGUCACCGUCGCGUCUUCGAGCAGUCCAACCAUCCUCGCCACGGCUUCCACGUCAUCCGCCGCUGAUGGCACCGCGCCCGCAACGUCGACAGUGACACAGCCGGCUAGCCCUGCCGCCUCAACAGCGUCCACGUCGGCGACAAUCUCGAGCUCGAAUUCGGGCCCGACUCCCGACGCAUCAACCGCCUCAGCCUCGGACGGCCUCGCCGUCGUGCCCGUCACGGUGACGAACAUCCAAGCCGCGGUGACACAGACGCAGACGGUCACGGAGACGCAGACCGAGACCGCGCAGAUCACCACGACGGCGACGGCGACGGAAACGGUCACGGUGACUCAGAAGUUGUUGAUCACGGCGCGGUAG